UGUCUGUUAAUAUUUGGGCUUUAUUUUAUAGCCUGCAAAAGUCAGCCCAAAGUGAAACCCAAUAAAAGAUAUGGGCCAGAAAAUACUUAAAGCCCAUAGCCGUAAAGAGGGCCCAGUUGUAAAUUUGUAACUGCGUUCUCUCUUUCUUUGAAAGCACGUUAUGCCGUCAUGUGAUUCGCACGUGCCUAGAAAUCGCUGCAUCGUCCGCCGUGAAAACUGAAAAUUAAUCGACCCCCUGCGUUUCGGUGGUGCGAAAAGGGGACGAAGAAUGGGCGACGUGUCGAAGACAACGAUGAAGAAGAGGAAGAAAAAGGGGCGCCCUUCUCUUAUAGAUCUUCAGAAGCGCUUCCUCAAACAACAAAAGUUGCAGGAACGGCACAGUCAACCGCCUAAUGCUUUCAACUUUGCCUCGAACCCUAGGACCCCGUCGUCUCGUCGGGAUCGUAAUGUUCACCCGGUGGCAGAGUGUGUUACCGGCUGCGACGGCGGCGGCAACGAUGACGAUGACGACGACGAGCGCAUAGAGAAGAAGCAUAAGCCCUUGCUUGGUUUAACUUCUUGUCAAAACUAUCCAACAUUGUCCGCUAAUCCUUUACGAAAUCCGGCCUCCAAUAGCGAAGAUUCCGAGGCGGCCCUCAAGCGUCGCAGAAUCGGCGCCCCCCAGUUUGGAUCCUACGAAGUGAGUGAAAAAGCUUUGAAAGCGACAGACACUGAACAUGGGUCGCAGGUGGAGUCUGGCCCCACGACAACUUUGCCAGACAAAAAGUUGCUUAUUUUCAUCCUUGAUAGGCUUCAAAAAAAAGACACCCAUGGAGUGUUUUCUGAGCCCGUGGAUCCAAACGAGCUUCCUGAUUACCAUGUCAUUAUUGAGAAUCCAAUGGAUUUUGGGACUGUGAGGGCGAAAUUAGAUGGAGGAGCUUAUGCAAAUUUGGAACAGUUUGAGGAAGACAUUUUUUUGAUAUGUUCAAAUGCAAUGAAGUAUAACACUUCAGAUACUGUUUUCUACCGUCAGGCAAAAACCAUACAAGAACUUGCAAAGAAGGAUUUUGAAAAUUUGAGGCAAGAUAGUAGUGAUGAUAGCGAACCAGAACAGAAAGUUGUGAGGAGAGGUAGGCCACCAGGAAAGAGCCAGAAGAGAUCUCUUAGUCUUGGCAACCCUAUCGAAAGUAUUGGAACCGAGUUCUGCACACCACCCACUACUCUUGCUUCUGGAUGUGAUGAUUCAAACAGUGUAAAUGGUUACAAUUUGAGAAGAUCACGCUCUUCCUUCAGGCCCUUGUCUUCAGAUCCUCUUGUAAGGACAUCUUCUACGACUCAACAUGGUGAAACUUUGGCCAGCUGGUUGCCUGAAUGGAAAAAUGAAUUUCCAGCUUCAGUUUUGAAGGGUGUUCUUAAAAGUGGGAAGAAUGAUAAUAUGGCUGUGGAUGAGAAUAGACGCGAUACCUAUAAUCAUUCAUUGCCCUCUGGGAAUUGGCCAUCUGUCUUUGGGGACUUUGAUGGAGACUUGAAGCAACUAAUUACAGUACGUAGAGUCAUUCCACAUUCUUUGCUCUUCUUCAAUGUUGAAUAUGUACUAGACUACAUUUGGAAGAUUGCUUCCAAGAAAAUUGAAAGUAUUAGUCGGGAGCUGGGUUUUGUAUUGACACAAGAAAUUGAAAUGCUACGGCAGCCGCGCAUGUUGCCUAUGGAUGGAGGCUCCUUGUCAGACACGAAAACAGUAGCAGAGAGCGCAGGCAUUCUUCCAUGUAAAAGUAUAUCCGGCUCCAACUUUGGUAUUUCGAGUAAUUUUUUGAAACACAGUGAAGAUACCGAAAUCGACAGAGAAAGAAGUACCCAAAGUGAGACAAUAUUGCUAGACAGAAGUAGGGGUGGGAUGGCAUCUACAACUUGUAUACCGAACGAGGAGAAAACCGUAAUUCCUUCAAACAUACACCGCAAUUUUGUUCCCCAUUUUUCGCCAGAAAUGAGAAUGGUAAGACUUGAUAGCAUUAUGGGAGGGACGUCUUGUUCAGAUGACUCUUCAGUGCCUUAUCAAAUGCAUUGUACAUCUCCUGCUCACAACACUGCUUCUUUCCAAAUCCCUUCUGGUGAUAUGGACUUACUGAGCCUAGUUAAAAUGCAAAGGCUUUCAGAAGAUGGCUCACACUCGCAGCAUUCACCGGCUCGUGUCUACGUUCAAGAGUUGAUUGAAGCACGUCGAGACGAGAAGGGGCUCGGCGAGAAAACACGUUGGCAAGAAUUAUCAACUCAUCCUGUGCUGGAUUCGGUCACCUUCAAUCCGGACCUCAAUUUUGGAUUAGGCUCAUCUGUAGCACCCAGUUCCAACCUGCAGAUUCUUUCACAAAUUCAACCAGAUUUAGUAUUGCAGCUGUGA